GCUCCGCGCGUCAUUCCGGCCGCGGCGCGCGAUCCGUGCGACUGUCCCGCGCCCGCGUGUUUACAAAAACCCGACACGCGUGACAUCGAACCCGUGAAGUGCCAAAAUCAGUGUCCCGUUUAACUUAGUGCCAGUUCUCAGUGCAGUAACACGAAACUCGAUGUGUUUUUAAGUUUAAGUUAUUUGAUCAUACUCGAGGCACCGUCGCGGCCCAUCUGUACAAAUACGGUUGAUUUGUUUAAGUUUCCUAUUGAUGGAUUGGAAUGAGGUUCGACGACAUCGCACACCGUGUUUGACGUGUUAAGGAAUUCAUUUCACGUACGUCGAAAACAAAUAAAAGUUGGGAAAACAAAGGAUACCUGAGAGGUUUCGGAGUGCCAUUGCUUGCUUAGGUGCUCAUAGUGACAGGUGGGAUCGGUUCACAGUCACUCAACUAAUAGAAUUUCCUGGAAAACAAGAUUCCAAUGCUGUGACCGUUGAGAAAGAAGAGGACAGACCAAUAUGAGAGGGAGUGGGUGCGUGGUGCGGUGGAGUUAGAGAUGCGGUCCAAGCAGCAGCCCCGGCCCUCGUACCGCUGGCUCAACACCAACGAAAACGAAGAAGCAACCAGCCCAGAUAGCGGAGUGAAGGAGCGACCAGAGCGGGGAGAGGAGCGGGGCGAAGGGGAAGCCUCCCGCUCGGAGUCCCCCGCGUCCAGAGCCUCCCCCGUGGCAGAGGAUCGAGAUGACAUCGAGCAUAGCAUACCCGCGACGCUGAUACAGGAUCCCAAUGCUGAAAGGGAGAGUCCCAGAUGUCUGUCGCGGGAGUCUUCAGGCGCGCCGCGCUGUCCCUCCAAUGACUCGGUAUAUUCCGGGAGGAGCGGGCCCGGCCUCCCCCUCCCCGCCGCGUUGUCCGCCGCCCUCCCCGCGGCUCUCCCUGCUGCCCUCCUGCCGCCACAUUCCGCAGCAGUCGCCGCCUAUCUCGGCGCUGCAGCCGCCGCAGCAGCCCAACAACGUCUCCUCAUGUCCUGCCAAGAAGACAUGACUGACUCCGAACGAGGUGACGCAGUACUCGACUUCAGCACCAAACGCAGCGACUCACCACAUGAUGAUGAAGACGAUGACGUCGUCAAUCUCAGUAAGAAUGAAAACGGUCCGCUAGAUUUAUCAGUAGGUACUAGAAAGAGAGGUCCGGAUGAUUCGCCGUCUCCGGUCCCGACCAGGAAAAGUUCUAGGACUGCUGAGUUUAAACCUAGUCCUUCGCCAUGGACGACCCCGGUCGCCCCCCAUUUGCCAUACUUUGCAGCGGCUGUUGCUGCUGCAAGUCUUUCACCGAAGGGCGGCGUGCCGGCUGAUUGGAACGGUAAAUUAAAACAUGGAGCGCCCACCCCCAGCGAUGCAACUAAAGCUUUGGAAAAGAUGAGCGAACUCAGCAGACUUGGAGGUGAAGAAUUGUUCAGAUCUGUACAAAGCGCAGCUUUAGGUGCUGGUCUCGCCCCCAAUGCUGCUGCCAGGCACUCUGCUUGGCAAUCACAUUGGUUAAACAAAGGUGCCGAUCAAACAAAAGAUGUCCUAAAAUGUGUCUGGUGUAAGAAGAGUUUCAAUUCAUUAGCAGACCUUACAGUGCAUAUGAAGGAAGCCAAGCAUUGUGGUGUCAACGUGCCAGUUCCCCCAUCAUCAGUUGCCCCAAUACCACCGUCUUUGCAACCGCCAUCUAGUUCGCCGUCUACUCCUUCACACAAUUCAUCAUCAUCCAGCGGUUCGUCGAAGCCAAAUCAGAGCGAUUUAAAUAUGCUUAUUAAGGAAAAUAUGCCGAUUCCUAGGAAACUUGUCCGCGGUCAGGAUGUAUGGUUAGGAAAAGGAGCAGAACAGACUAGGCAGAUAUUGAAAUGUAUGUGGUGUGCAGAGAGUUUCCGUUCGUUGGCUGAGAUGACCAGCCAUAUGCAACGAACACAACAUUAUACUAACAUUAUCUCUCAAGAACAAAUAAUUUCUUGGAAAUCGUCAGAUGAAGCUAAAGGUUCUAAUUCUAGCGGUCCCGGGGCUCCUAACGCAGCCCCGCCGACGACCGGCACCAGUAGUCAUGUUAGUGCAGUUUUAACUUGUAAGGUAUGCGACCAAGCGUUUAGUUCCUUGAAAGAAUUGAGCAAUCAUAUGGUUAAAAAUUCUCAUUAUAAAGAACACAUCAUGCGUUCGAUCACCGAAAGCGGGGGUAGGCGAAGACAAACUCGCGAAAAGAGAAAGAAAUCUUUACCUGUUAGGAAACUUCUUGAACUGGAGAGAGCGCAACACGAGUUCAAAAACGGGGAAGGUAAUGGGGUUCCUAUGGGAAAACCGAUUAGGGACUUCGGCGCUGGUAGCCGAAUUACUUGCGAGAAAUGUGGGGAUAAAAUUGAGACUGCCGUGUUCGUUGAACAUAUCCGCCAAUGUAUAGGCGCACCUAUGUCAAAUAGCCAAAGGAAUUUUCUAAAAAGCGCUCUUCUCUCCAACAAUAUUAUCCCGCCAGAUGUGCCUGGGCACGUAACUCCCACCAGCCGCGAUGGUCGUAAGAGCAUCAAUGAAGAGCUACCUUCACCCGGUUCUGCCCAUCACCGUUCUCCAUCUUCCGUGAAUGAUUCCUCCCCGAGUUCCAAAGACCCUAAUGCGAGCAAUGACAAAAGCUCGUCUCCUUCGGUUCUCAACGCCAUAGAACAAUUGAUAGAAAAAAGUUUCGAUACCCGGUCGCGACACUCUGUUCCCGGAAUGCCCGCUGGGGCAUCUCAUGCACCAAUUGGUUCUAGUAUUCUCAAAAGAUUAGGCAUAGAUGAGAGCGUAGACUAUACAAAACCAUUGGUAGACCCGCAAACGAUGAAUAUGUUGAGAAACUAUCAUCACCAGCAGGGCUAUGGCCGCCGCGAGCGCAGCGGCAGCGAAUCUAGUUCUAUGUCAGAGCGAGGUGGCAGUAGAGUUGAGUCUCUCACGCCUGAUAGGAAGUUAGAUGCGUAUCACAUGACGCCUCGCACCACUCCUGACACUCGUGGCUCCCAAACCCCAGCUUCGGAGGACCGUCCUACCGAUGUGCGGAUAAAAAGGGAGGCACCUGAGGAGGAGGAACGCGAAAAUGGUGUAGAUCUAAGUAGUCAGCCUGUGCGGGUCAAAACCGAGGUCGAUGAUGAAGAGGAAUCACCGAGACCGAGUAGCUCGACUGAGGAAAUGAAAGCUCCCAAACGCGAAAGCGAGGAGCCGAGCCCGGCUGCUAGUCCCCGCAGCCCCGCUAGUGACCGCUCAGCUAACACUCCUGGUGCCGACAGAAAACCAGCAUCUAGUCUAGGCGCAUUGUCUUCUAUGUUUGACAAUUUAGCUGGAGGCGGGUCUUCUAACGAACCGAGUUCCUCUCGUCGUGGAGGCAGUCACCCUUUAGCCGCUCUGCAGAAGCUAUGUGACAAAACUGAGACUAAUCCAUCGCGCGCUCCCGCACCGGCCCCCUCUCCCGCGGGCCCUCCGAGCAUUUUGACAUUCAGCUGGGCUUGUAACGAUGCGGUGGUCACCGAUUCAUUUAUGAAGUGCGCUCUGUGCGACACACCAUUCAUAUCGAAGGGUGCGUACAGACAUCACUUGUCAAAGAUGCAUUUCGUAAAGGACGGCGCUCUGCCUGAUCCGGUACCGAUGAAAGCGCCGCCGCCGGCUGCGUCCCCGGGAACUCACAAGAGCGGUGGUUCCAAUGCAGCUUCCCCACAGGACCCGCGGAGUCCCUCGCAAUCCUUCGACGAGAGCCCCCAUUCCAAGUUCCUCAAGUAUACGGAACUCGCGAAGCAGCUCUCCAGUAAAUACGUGUAGACUGUACAAAGGUCUGACGGGCGAUCGAAUGUGAUGAUACCAUAUCCUGCUACGUUAAACCUUGCUAGGGUUAGGUCGCGCCGCGACGCUAAGUAUUUCGAAACUCUUUGCCAAUUUAAUUAUUUAGGUAAUUGUUAGAGUUCACCGCAUAGUUCGGUUAGUGUAAUUACGUCUAGCGACUUAAGUAUACGCCAAACGUCUUACGUUCAUGUAGGUUAAGAGAAUAUUUUGAAAAUAUUGCCUUUAGAAGUGGACCGGUUGUUGAGGGCUCGCGCCGCGCUUAUCUUCCACGCUACGAGUACACAUUAAUUCCAUUUCGGUAAUUGUAAAUAUAAGUCACAUUAAGUCUAUUAUAAAAACUCGAUUCGAUCUCUUGUAAAUGUAUAUUUUUUGCUAAUCUAAAAGUAAAUUUAAUUGCAAGCCUUCUGCGUGUUCGAUUAGGAGUUGGGCGUCCGUUCAGUAUUCGGAAUUUGUUGCAAUAUCAAUUUGUGUUACUUAAUUUUUAUGUAAAUCAGAGUAAGACUUAAUUGUAUGUAUAUUUUGGUCCUUCGCGCCUGCAAUCUCGGAGAUCCAAUCUCAUGGGUUCAUGUUGUACAUAAUGCGACAUAGAACGCAAUAUCUCCUUAGUGUAAAUUUUGCCCUAGGGUGCGCUCCCGCGUGUCAGCUAUUUAUUAUUUAGUGUAAGUAUGUAUUGUUAGGUGACCUACGUCUGUGAACAUUGUAUACCAUUUACCAGCGCAUUGGUUGUCUCAACCGAUAUAUUUAAAAGUGAUACGUUAUACAGUUUUUCUUUGAAAGGAUAAGAAUAUACAUUCGUAUACGUUUAGAACAUUCAGAUGUAUGAGAGAUAUCUUCCAUUGUAACUUCAGAUAUACGAUGUGUAUAUACGGUACAUGCGAGUGCAAAACUCUUUUAUAUUUAAUAAAAAAUAUUGUAAACAUUGUAAUUGUAAGUUUCAGACGAUUAUCAGCAAGUGAUGUUUAACGGCCACCCGUGACGGAUUCUAAAAUUAAACUAUUUGACUUUCGAACACUGAAUACAUAUUUUUUUAAAAUGUUGAAAAUGUUUCCCGCAAAACGUAACUUUUCAACUGAAAUUUCGUAUUCAAAUGUAACAAAAAAAUGUAUACGCAAUAACGUCACGGGUUGGCAGUUCCAAAAUUUAAAUUUUAAAUCGAUAAAGUAUCAUUUUAACGAUAAUAAUGAAACAUACGACAAAUAUUAUGUAUACGCUAGCUCUGAUGAGAAACUUUUGCUCAUUCUUUAAUAAAAAAACGGUGUUGAAAUAUUGAUUUUACCAAAUUUAAUAAUCUUAUUUAAUAUUUUAUGUUGUAUUUCAAAAUGCAAUUAAAAGCUCAAAGAAAUAUAUAUGUUACAUACUUUAAA